GCCACCUGACUCCCUCCUUCAAACUUCAAUAGCUUUUAGGUCAUGUGACCUGUCAUCCUGAAAUCUCUUUCAGCGUGUUCAAUGACUGUGCAUACAUGUUGCACAGCCUUUAGUUUUCGCAUUUUCACCUCACACUUUUUUCAAUGAAUUUAUUAGUAUUUCAAACUUCAAUAGAGUUUUGGUCAUGUCACAUGUCACCCUUAAAGUGUUCACUAACUAGUUGAAUGAAGACCCAAUUAACACGAUGCGCGUCUGUCGUCUCAAGUUGAUAACUUAUUUCUGGCACAGAAACAGAUUACCAGCUGACUCAUUCCCUUGCGUUUUGAUUUGCUGUAGUAAACCUAUUGAUUGAAGGUGUACGCUGACCUCCAGGAAAAGACUGUAUCUAAACCCGUUGUUUAAAAACUGUUUCUUACCCAAUGCAACAUAUAAUUCCUUACACCUUACUCGAGUGGACAACACACUCUGCAGUGUAUUUGUAUGUUUUUAAAUACAGUUUUUUGUCAAUAAAUAUUUGGUGUUAAAUGUAACCUAUACAUAUGUAGCCUACUGUCUAAAACGGAGGUUGUCAAGUAGUGUAGUCAAGUAUGUGUAGAAUGUGAUUAUUAAUAGGACUAAGAAAUCCACCCCUUUAUUAACACGAUAUAACAUGUUGCAUAACUAAAUGAAUGAUAAUAUUAUCAAUACUAAUUACUAUUUUAAAAGGUAGAAGAUUCUUGUAAUCAUUACAGAAUACUGUAUUUUUCGGAUAAGGCUGCACAACAACUAAUACUAUGGAGCUUUUUUUCUACUAAACUACAAGAAUACACAUAAAAAAUAAAUAAAUAGUAAUGAUAUUCUAUAGAAAAAAAGGCUACAUGAUGGCUGUUCUGUUCAAGAAAUGUCAAUGUGUAUUCAAUUGUAUUGAGACUGUUUUGUUAGGCUGCACUACACUAAUUGUGGUGCAAUGGCGACGCCUAGUGGCGAAAGAGAGAUACUGUUUUUGGAUGACGUUCCUGUAUAAGUAGAUGAAGUUUAGUUUCAACAUGUUUUAAACGGAUAAGUACCAACGGCUGUUCUGAAUAUCGGAUCCUCGGAGGAAUACGUCCUUUUACGAUGAAAGAAUUGGAUUUCAAUAAAUCUCAAGAAGAUAAACCAGCCUGAUUCUUUGCCGUUCGCUAUCUGUCUAUGGCCAUUGUAGACACAACUGCUAGGACAGAAUAGUAAAAGGAUGAAACACAGCGGGUGAAGAUCAAAGAACAUCGUAGCAUCACUUCAGUGUCAGAGUCACAGCGACAACAUGGCUUCUCAGAAAAAAGAAAAUAAAGCAGACCUAACAUUAGAAACUAGGUCAUCUGUUAGCUCUUCGUCAAGCAAGACUGUUUCAUCAACGGCUAGCAGCGCAGCAACUAAAGCGCUAUUGCAGUUAGAGAGGGAGGCAGCAGCAGCAUCCAGAGAGGCAGAGGUAUAUGAAGCUGCAGCAGACUUGGAUGAUAGGCACAGCGAUGUAGGGGAUGAAGAGAGAGCUCAACGCACCAGGGAGUACGUGCAGAACCACACUCCGGUACAAAACGCUCAGGAACCACUUCCUGACCCACAGCACGCACCUAUGGAUCCAAAUCCCCCUCUACACCAGUCUCCUCAGACACCCCAUCACCACGUCAGCUACCAACAGCAUGCUACUGCAGAGCCAAAUCCCCCUCUCCACCAGUCUCCUCAAACUCCCCAUCACCAUGUCAGCUCCCCACAGCAUGCUGGUAUGGGCUUUGAGCGCCAGCAGAACAGUGCGACACGGAGGCAACCAGCUACAGUCCCUCCUUCUCGUGUCUCACCAGAAGGCUACACCAACAUGCCACCUCAGAUACCUGAUAUCGCCACCUAUUUGAUAAGGAGAGAGAUGGUGAGUUCUGGGUUGACCCAAUUUGACGACCAUCCCGAAAAUUAUUGGGCAUGGAAAACCUCAUUCCAGAACAUCACACAUGACCUCAACCUGACGCACCGAGAGGAACUCGACCUUCUCGUCAAAUGGCUCGGCCCAGAGUCAUCCCCCCAGGCUAAACGAAUGAGGUCAGUGCAUGUAACCAGCCCUGCAAACGCAGUCAAAACAAUAUGGCAGCGACUAGAGGAAUGCUUCGGGUGCCCUGAGGUCAUCGAACAUGCUCUGCUGAAAAGGCUGGAAGAUUUACCACGCCUCACCAACAAAGAACCUCGUCAGUUAAGAGAGCUCGGCGACCUGCUGCUUGAAUUGGAGUCUGCAAGGUGGAGCGGUCUAACGCCUGGGCUUGCAUAUCUCGACACAGCACGUGGUGUUAACCCUAUAGUUGAAAAACUCCCCUUCAACCUGCAGGAAAGAUGGGUGACACAAGGCUCCAGAUACAAAGAGGACUACAAGGUAGCUUUUCCACCUUUCAGCUUUUUUGUACAGUUCAUUUGCAACCAAGCAAAAACCAGAAACGACCCAAGUUUUGCAUUCUCAUCAUCCACCUAUUCAAACAGCCAGAAGCCAGACAGAGCAGCUAAAUUCAGCAACACGCCCUCUGUCUUUGUCAAGAAGACUGAGGUGUCAGCCACAGCUCCAAGCUCCCUAAACAACCAGUCUGAAAGGAAAACUGAUGAGCCAGAUAAACAUUGCCCCAUCCAUAACAAGCCCCACCCCCUUUUUAAGUGCAGCACCUUUAGGAACAAGCACCUAGACGACAGGAAAGCAUUUCUGAAGGAGAACUCCAUCUGUUAUCGAUGCUGUGCUUCUACUAGACACCUUGCAAAGGACUGCAAAUUCUGA